ACACGAUAAGCGUGUAUUAUCCACGGUUUACUGUGUUGUGUUGAGCCACCAUUUCACUCACUUCAUUUAAUCCUAUCGCUUGGAGGCUUCCAGGCGACUGGCUCGAGUUACCUGCGUGAAAGUGACACCUUUGGCUCGUGAUCAUGUGACCUUGUGUGACACAGAUACAGAGUUUCCGGAGGGUGCCGGUCCUCGUUAUGUCAGCAGUUAUUCUGCACGUCUUUGACUAGGAGUAUUGUACAAACGCCGUCGUUUGAACAUGACCGUGAAGCAUCUCUUGGUGGAGUACAGCCGAGUGAACGAACGAGGCACCUUCUCUCCCGGGGACACGCUCUCUGGACGGGUGACGGUGGUGACCAACAAGGAGACCAAAGUGCAGCGUUUUCUGGUCCGAGCCAAAGGAAAAGCAGAGGUGACGUGGUACGAAGACGGCGGAGGAGGAGGAGGAGGAGGAGGACGGGACACUGUGGUUCACAGCAACAAGAAGAGAUACUUUUACUUUGAACACAUUAUUCUGCAGGAUAAAAACAAAGGAGAUGGUUCAGAACUCAUUAGCGCUGGAAGAAAUGUGUAUCCAUUCACUUUUGUGAUUCCCAAUAAGGACAUGCCGUCAUCUUAUCAGGGCAAAUGGGGAAAGAUUACUUAUAGUUUGCGAGCACAGCUGACUCAGUCGAUCUGGCUCGUCCACAAAACCAAGAUUGAGUUCCCGUUUCUGACCAAGACCGAAUUCCCCUUUGCCUCCAAAUCUGAAAUGAUAAUCAUUGGUCUUAAGGAGGAGCAAAGUGCGACCAGGAUCUCAUUUUUCGGCUCUGGAAAAGUGACCAUGAACGCUUCCUCUGAGAAAAUGGGAGUGAAGCAAGGUGAGGCCAUGGCGGUCUCCGUCGAGGUACUCAACGACUCGGCGCGCACCGUGACCCCCACGUUCUACCUCUGUGAGAAGCAGACGUUUGUCACGCCGUCGAAGAGGACGGUGCACACGUGCGACGUCCUCUUCGGGACGGGAGACCCCGUACCGGCUGAGAGCAGUCGCACGAUAACCAAAGUCCUGAGUGUCCCUGUGGAGACGCCUCCCACCUUCUUCAACUGCUGCAUGAUGAAACUGGAGCACAGACUCAAGGUCACACUCGAUGUCCCACAGGCGGAGAUCAGACUCCCUCUGGUCGUUCUGCUCGGUUCACCAAAGCCACGUCAGCAAAAACCAAAGAGAUCCAUCUGGUUCAGGAAGCUUCCCGGUUAAAGGGGGACGCGACAUGUGAUCAAGAGAGGCUGCUGUAUGCAGUGAUGACUGGACUCAUGGCAACACAGAAUAAAAUAACAUGUAGUAGAUGUGUGGUGGAAUGGUUGUUUGUUCUCAUGAUGACCACUAGAUGGAGACAUGCCACUAAACUGAGCAUCAGUAACAGCUGAUUCGAUUUGAAUUAGAGUUUAAUAUAAGCCGUGCUGUUACCACAGUGAAUGAAAAACACAUGGAGGUCCUGCAUUUAAAGUGUUACCUACCUAAAGGAACAGUAUGUAAAAUUCAUUCUCCCCUCAGUAGCCUUCAGUUAGCAUCAAAACUCAAAAGAUACUGAAAUACUGCUGAACGGGUUGUGAUUCGGCUCGCGGUCGCCGGGGUUCCGGCAGUGCUGUUGUUAAAUACACCAGACUCCUCUGUUAAAUUGAGAUUAUUUUGCUAAAUAAUUGAGAUUAACGCUUGUUUUCAGGGAUUUUUAAGUCUUUUUAGCUGAUCUACAGUUCACCAUUGUUCGGUUGGAUUCUUGCCUCGGACGUCGCGCUCAUGACUCUCCUGGCGACGACGCUCUCUGACCAAUCACUGGCCAGCAGCCUGUCGACGUCACUCAUGCCAGGUACUAUCGCGAAUGUUGACCCAGUUUGAGAACCAUGGCAGAAGACGAUGGGUGAGUGAGAUGAAGCCUUUUGUAUGUACUUCGGAAAAGUGUUUUGCUGCCAUCUUAGACCAGAGUCAUGGUGUUUCUUAUGUGUGACGCGGUAACCUGACGCACUUGGAGAGAGAGAUGUGAGCGGAGGAGUCCUUUGUUUGUUCUGGUCUGCA